AUGGCAGGACGAGGGGAUUGCCGCCUGGGCUGCUGGUUGCGGCGAAGAACACUGAAGCAGCUGGAAAAGCAAACUCUGGGAAUAAUAAUUCCGGCAACAGGGAUUUGGCAAUCCCGGUGGAGAGAACCAGAUGAAGUAUGGAGCCUGCACCCAAUCCAAUUUGUCACCAGAAUACGGACUCACGCCCUCAUUCGCCCGCCGUACAAAAGCGUAGAUUCAAAUUUUGGAACUCUCAGCUUUUUCUGGGUAAUUAGAAUGUCAAAUAUAGGAGGAUUUGAUGUCAUAGGGCAUCUUUUUGUUGAUUUGAAUCCCGUAACUAUCCUUGUGAAAGCGCAAAACCCUCCAGUAAAGGUGCAAACAAAAAGAAAACAUGCAACAAAAUACAACCACACCCAACCACCUAGGCAAUUUUCCCCUCAGCGCAUGAACAUGGAUGCAUCUUCCCUGCCUGGACACAUCGGUUCAGGACUUUUAGACCAAACUCCUUGCUCAACACCAGGGUGCCCUUCACAACGGCUUGGUGAACGGCGGCAGACUUUUAGAGAGAAAAUGUAUCCAAGGAGGUUGUAUGAGUGGAGUCUCUGGUUUUGA